GAGGGACGCUGGAAGUAGGAGGAGGAAGCAGCCGCCUCACCUGGCUUUGAAAUGGAGAUCGCACCACCACCUCCUCCUCAACCUCGACCUCGACCUCCCUUUAUUUACAUCAACAUACCCCCGAACCGGAUAGCAUCGUACCAACAUAGAGGCCUCGCCCCCAGCAUUGUCGCCGCCCGACACUCCCAUUCCCUGGUCCCCACGGCCAAAAUACGAGAGAGAGAUCCGAUGAAGAUGGAGGGUGGCCGCACUCCCACCGCCUCGGCUCUGCUCUCUCUCCUAGUCGCGGCUGCCUUCCUCCUCGGCGCCGCCCAUGGCAAAGUCCACUACUAUGAUUUCGUCCUGAGAGAGAAGAACUACACGAGGCUGUGCAGCACGAAGAGCAUGCUGGUGGUGAACGACAGCUUCCCAGGGCCCGUGAUUCGAGUCCAGAAAGGGGACACGGUGUUCGUGAACGUGCACAACCAGGGCGAUUACGGAAUCACCAUCCAUUGGCAUGGCGUGAAGCAACCGAGAAAUCCAUGGUCGGAUGGCCCAGAGUACAUCACCCAGUGUCCAAUUUUGCCCGGGACUAACUUCACGUACGAGGUCAUAUUCUCGAAAGAAGAAGGGACUCUCUGGUGGCACGCGCACAGUGAUUGGACCCGAUCGAGCGUUCACGGAGCCAUAGUGAUCCAUCCGGGCGAGGGAACCUCCUAUCCCUAUCCAACACCCGACGACGAAGAGGUCAUUGUUCUCGGAUCAUGGUACGAGGCCGAUGUUAACCAAGAAGUCGCCGAGGACCUGGUAACCGGCGCAGACACUCCUCGUUCCAUUUCUUAUGUGAUCAACGGUCAGCCCGGCGAUUUUGCCAAUUGCUCAAGAAAUUCGACGUACCGCAGGGUGGUCGAUUAUGGCAAGACCUACCUCGUCCGCAUCGUGAAUGCAGACAUGAACGCGGAGCUCUUCCUGGCAAUUGCGGAGCACAACAUGACUGUGGUCGGAAUGGACGGCAACUAUGUCAAGCCCGUGACAGUGGACUUCAUCAUGAUAAGCCCCGGGCAGACCAUGGACGUGCUGGUCACGAUGAACCAGACCCCGGGCCACUAUUACAUCGCCAUCAGACAGUAUGACUCGGCCAGGCCGGACGUCACAGACUACGACAAAACCAACGCCACCGCCAUCUUCAUGUACAGUGGCAACUACACCACGCCGGCCAGUCCGGUCUUCCCUCAUAGCUUGCCGACAUACGAGGACUUCAUCGCGGCAGACACGUUUCUGGGGAAGCUAAGGAGCCUGGCCAGCGCCGAGCACCCGGUAGACGUGCCAAUGAACGUAACCAAGAAAAUGUACAUCUCGGUCGAGAUGAAUCAGAUCCUCUGCCCGAACGAAUCAUGCGAAGGGAUUAAUGGGAAUCGGCUCUCGUCAAGCUUGAACAACAUUAGUUUUGUGAACCCCUCGACUGAUGUACUUCUUGCCUACUACAGGAACUUGAGCGGAUACUACACCCCGGAUUUCCCCAAUUGGCCGCCUACUAUGUUCAACUUCACGGCAUCAGAUCUGCCAUUCAACACGACGGUACCGAUACAGGCGACGAAGGUGAUGGUGCUGGAGUACGAUGAGGAAGUGGAGAUAACAUUCCAAGGGACCGAGGUGCUGAACGCCUCGGAGAACCAUCCGAUGCACGUCCAUGGGUACAGCUUCUACGUCAUGGGGUCGGGCUACGGGAACUUCGACAACGAAACCGACCCGUUGACGUAUAACUACGUCGACCCGUUGGAAGUGACCACAAUCGGGGUGCCCAAGAACGGAUGGGUAACCAUCAGAUUCAAAGCAAACAACCCCGGAGUAUGGUUUUGGCAUUGCCAUCUGGACCGGCACCUCAGUUGGGGCAUGAGCACAGCGAUGAUAGUGAAGAACGGCGGGACUCCAGAGACGAGCCUCCGGAGCCCUCCGCCUAAUAUGCCGCCUUGCCAAGCCUCUUUCGUGACGUAUCUGGAGCCAUUCGACGACCAAACGGAUCAAAUAAAACUCUUCUCCAAUUGAAUUUUGUACCCUCGCCCUCCGCCGCGUGAUAUAGUUGCAUAGGAGAUAUAUCCAUAUGUGAGUAAUUACGAAAAUCUACCUGAAGCCUAGCCACAUGGAGUGUCCAUCCGUAUGCGAUAGCCGGUGACCAGUCUAUACUAUUUGUUGUGCUAAGAAUGAGUAUGCAGUAAGUUCUUAA